AUGCUCGAAAUCGCAUCUGUAGGCUGGAGUAUCUGCAACAGCUGGGUCGGUGUCAUGGCCACUCUUGCCUUUGUCAUUAUCCAAGGUGGCUCGCCAAACCUACUCUAUGGACUCUGGUUCGUUUUCAUCAUGUAUGGCUUCGUUGUCUACACUCUUGCAGAACUAGCAAGCGUAUAUCCUUCUGCGGGUGGCCACCAUCUUGGCUCCAACAACCUGGGCUCGAGGAUUGUUGCCUUGUCUCUCAUAGCAUUCCUCGCAGCCACGAUCAUUUCUCUCGUGCGCGCACCUACUUACCAGUCGGCCGAGUCCGUUUGGGUGACUUUUGUCGACGGCAGUGGAUGGGGCAACCGUGGAGUUGUCUUCUUCAUUGGCAUUCUCACACCAGGCUACAUGUAUGGAGGGCUCGAUGGUGCCAUACACUUGGCCGAGGAAGCCACAAAUGCUCGGGAAGCUGUUCCUCUGGCCUUGUUGAGCACUUGGUCUCUCGGCUUCGUGACGUCUUUCAUCGUCGCGGUUACAGCGAUGUACUCUGCACAAGACUUUACGACCACUGCCUCGAGAUUGACUUGGGCCUUUGCCCGCGACACCGGCUUGAUAUUCUCGUCCAAGUUGUCUCUGAUGAAUGACAGACAUCAAGCACCUGUUUGA